GUCCUAAGGACUAUAAAAAAACCUUUCAGGGUGCUCUACAUACCCGGCCAAACAAAGCAAAGCAUAGAAAAAUUAAGGUAGCCCUCUCAAUUUUCCCGACUACCAAAUAUUCUUGUAAUCUCGUUUUCCAUUCCUGAAAAUGUCUCUGAUUCCAAGCUUCUUUGGCCGCCGCAGCAAUGUCUUUGAUCCUUUCUCUCUUGAUGUUUGGGAUCCUUUCAAGGACUUCCCUUUCUCUUCUUCUUCAUUGACAACACAAACUCCAGAAACCUCAGCCUUUGUCAACACCCGAAUCGACUGGAAGGAAACCGAAGAAGCUCACGUGUUCAAGGCUGAUGUUCCAGGGCUUAAGAAAGAAGAAGUGAAAGUUGAGGUUGAAGAUGACAGGGUGCUUCAGAUAAGCGGAGAGAGGAACAUAGAGAAGGAAGACAAGAACGACAAAUGGCAUCGCGUGGAACGUAGCAGUGGGAAGUUCAUGAGGAGGUUCAGAUUGCCGGAGAAUGCCAAGACGGAUCAGAUCAAAGCUUCUAUGGAAAAUGGGGUGCUUACUGUGACUGUUCGAAAAGUGGAAGUUAAAAAGCCUGAUGUCAAGGCUGUAGAGAUUUCUGGUUAAAAAAUUGAACUUGAGUUUUUAAGCCGUCUGUUUCCUGCGACAGAUUACUCAAAAUAGCUACUUCAAGAGAAAAAAGAUGUUUGUGAGUUAUGAAGCGAGUGCCUUUAUCUCUGCCAGAUGAGAGUAUUGUACUGGUUGUGUGUAAUGUGACUAUUAUGUUUUUGUAUGAACUUUGUGUAGUUGUGAGCUUUGCUAUGUAGAAAAUGAAAGAAAUCUUGUUAGUACA